GAUCUCUGGGAUCGCGAAAUUGGAUGAUGCAAACAAGUCUGGUGGUAGAAAUGCGUACUUUAGUCCUUACAGAAAGAGACACUGCAAAAACUUUGGCAGUUGCCGGGCUUUCCGAAGUUGGAAAUGAUAAUUAUGGAAUUUUCCCACUAUGGAACAUUGGAACGUUGAUGGAAUAUCAUCUAAUAUUUCAGUGUGACGAAUUGCAAACAAUGUUGAAUAUCGUUUUAGCAAGUCGAGGUCUACGUUUUUCCGAUUCGUUCUUGUUACGAUGUUUUUAA